CGGCGGCGGCUGUGGGGGGGGCGGGCGCCAUGUCGGGCCGGGCGCUGCCGCUGCUGUUCCUCAACCUGGGCGGCGAGAUGCUCUACAUCCUGGACCAGCGGCUCCGCGCCCAGAGCAUCCCCGGAGAGAAGGCCCGCAAAGUUAUGAAUGACAUCAUCACAACCAUGUUCAAUAAAAAAUUUAUGGAAGAGCUGUUUAAACCACAGGAACUCUACUCCAAGAAGGCUCUGAGAACGGUGUAUGACCGGCUAGCUCAUGCUUCAAUCAUGAGGCUGAACCAAGCAAGCAUGGAUAAGCUGUAUGACCUUAUGACUAUGGCUUUCAAAUACCAAGUCCUGCUGUGUCCUCGGCCCAAAGACAUUCUGCUGGUCACGUUCAAUCACCUGGAUGCAAUCAAGGAUUUCAUUCGCGAUUCCCCUGGCAUUCUGAACCAGGUGGAUGAAACUUUUCGACAGCUGAUCGAAGUGUACGGCUGUCUGUCUGCUGGUGAAUUUCAGCUUAUCAGGCAAACACUCCUCCUUUUUUUUCAGGACAUGCACAUAAGGGUCUCUAUCUUUCUGAAGGAUAAAGUGCAAAACUCUAAUGGUCGCUUUGUGCUGCCAAUCUCAGGCCCUGUUCCAUGGGGUACAGAAGUUCCAGGACUCAUCAGGAUGUAUAAUCGCAAUGGAGAUGAAGUUAAAAGAACUGAGUUCACCACCGAUGGAAAUUACAUUACUCCACAAAGGGAAGGGUCUUUUGAUCUCUAUGGAGACAGAGUCCUCAAACUUGGAACAAAUAUGUACAGCGUUAGUCGGCCAGUAGAGACACACAUGUCAGGAUCAUCCAAAAACUUGGCAUCCCAUGCGAAGGAGAAUGUGGCCCCUAACCCUCUUGCUAAAGAAGAACUGAACUUUUUGGCCAGGCUGUUGGGAGGUCUGGAUAUCAAGAAACCUGGUGGCAGUGAGACAGGAUUUCGACUGAAUUUAUUCACAACAGAUGAGGAGGAAGAACAGGCAGCACUGACGAGACCAGAGGAGUUAUCUUACAAGGUUGUUAACAUACAAGCCACUCAGGACCCGGGGCUCCGGGCGGAGCUGGCCCGCAUCGUGGGCGAGCUGGAGGUGGCGGAGCCGAGCCCGGCGAGCUCGGGCAAAGGCGAGGACCUGCUGGCGCUGAUGGACGGGCUCCGCGCCAUGGAGGUCAGCCACUCGGUCAAGGAGCGCACCAUCGCCGAGAACAGCCUGGUCAUCCUGCUGCAGGGCCUGCACGGCCACGUCACCACCGUGGACCUCCGCGACGAGAGCACGGCCACGGGGCGCGUCACCAACGUGGACGCCUUCAUGAACAUGCGCCUGGCCGAGGUGACCUUCACCGACCGGCGGGGGGCAGAGUCCCGCCUGGACGAGCUCUUCGUGACCGGCAGGAACGUGCGCUACGUCCACAUCCCCGACCAGGUGGACAUCAGGGCCACCAUCGAGCGGCAGCUGGAGCUCAUCCACCGCGUCCGCUACUUCGGCGGCCGCGACAAGGGCCGCAGGGAGUUCCCCCGCGCCAAGCACAAGUGAGCGCCCUGCUGCCCGGCACGGACCUGGGGCUGUGGAGGGACAGGGGGACCACAUCCGCACCUCGGCCAGGGACCGUGAGGUGUGAGGUUGUUUAACGACCAGCCAUUAAUUGGGGUGUGAGGCUGCGUAACGCAUGUUGGUGAUUGGUGCACUGCUGCUGGGCACUUGAUGGUCCCCAGCCCCCAAACAAAGCCCUUUUGGCCACGA